CGCAGUUAUGACCUAGUGGAUGAUCCUACAACGAAUCAUGUAAUCUCUUGGGGCCCACAGGGGAAGAGUUUUGUCGUGUGGAAGCCCUCCGAGUUUGCGGCGAACCUGCUACCACAGUACUUCAAGCACAACAAUUUCUCGUCAUUUGUGAGGCAGUUAAACACCUAUGGCUUUCGCAAGGUAGAUCCAGACCGCUGGGAGUUCGCAAACGAGCACUUCCAGCAGUACAACAAGGAGCUUCUCCUCACAAUUCACCGCCGUAAA